GGAUAAGUUGGUUGUCAUUGCCAGAGGAGUGGAGUCUUUGGUGGAAUAAUCUACCUUUCCUUGAAAAAAUAGCUGAAAAUGGCAGGCGUUUUCUCUAGGGUUCUGUCCUCUUGGACAAACAUUAUGUCUGUGAUAGGAGUAGGAACUGUUGCCACAGGCUUACUGUUGAACCAGUAUCAGGUCAGCGCAGGGACAGGGGUCAGAAAGCUCUAUCCUCCCAGUGCAGAGUACCCUGAUUUGCGAAAACAUCAGAAUUGCAUGGCCAGUCACCUCACGCCAGCUAUGUAUGCCAAACUAUGUGACAAAAGAACACCCGGAGGCUACACUCUUGAUCAAGCCAUCCAGACUGGAGUGGACAACCCAGGACAUCCUUUCAUCAAGACCGUGGGCUGUGUAGCAGGCGAUGAGGAGUCAUAUGAGGUGUUUGCUGACCUGUUUGAUCCUGUGAUCAAGGAGAGGCAUAAUGGUUAUGACCCACGCACAAUGACACACACUACAGACCUGGAUGCAAGCAAGAUCCGCUCGGGCGUUUUUGACGAGCGCUACGUUCUGUCAUCCCGUGUGCGGACGGGCCGUUGCAUCCGAGGCCUGAGCUUGCCGCCUGCGUGCACCCGAGCGGAGAGACGAGAGGUGGAGAGGGUGGUGGUGGAUGCACUCAACGGCCUGAGAGGGGAGAUGGCUGGCCAGUACUUCAGCCUCGCCAACAUGACUGAUCAGGAGCAGCAGCAGCUCAUUGAUGAUCACUUCCUGUUUGAUAAGCCAGUCUCACCUCUGCUGACGUGCGCUGGGAUGGCUCGUGAUUGGCCAGACGCAAGAGGUAUUUGGCACAACCAUCAAAAGACCUUCCUUGUGUGGGUCAACGAGGAGGAUCACACUCGUGUCAUCUCCAUGGAGAAAGGAGGCAACAUGAAGAGAGUGUUUGAACGCUUCUGCCAUGGUCUGCUAGAGGUGGAGAGGCUGAUCAAGGAGAAAGGCUGGGAGUUCAUGUGGAACAAAAGGCUUGGCUACAUCCUCACUUGCCCAUCCAACCUGGGCACUGGCCUCAGGGCUGGUGUGCACGUCAACCUGCCCCGCCUGGCCAAGGACCCACGAUUUAACCAGAUCCUGGACAGCCUGAGACUGCAGAAGAGAGGCACGGGCGGUGUGGACAGCGCUACCACAGGAACCACAUUUGACAUCUCUAACCUGGACCGACUGGGCAGAUCUGAGGUUCAGCUGGUACAGAGCGUGAUCGACGGAGUGAACUACCUGAUUGAGUGCGAGAAGAGGUUGGAGAGGGGACAGAGCAUCACCAUCCCUGCCCCCACAGUGCGCAAGUAGUACACUAGCAGCACUUAAGCUCCAUCAGCACCAUCCAGAAGCAUCUCAAGAGCCAUCACUAGUCCUCUCAACUGGAAUUAAUUUGGUUGUGUCCACUAAACAUUAGCAACAAAGCAAAAAAACAUCUCCCACUCAUUCACCAGAGCAAAAAUGACAAGGAUGUUGAAAAGAGCAAGUUUAAUUACAAAUGUAAGAAUUCAA